AUGAAAAAGUUCUCUGUCGAGGAAAUUUCGGCGCAAAACAUCGCCAAGUCGUCUGCCCAGAGGGCAAUUCGAGCGCAGAUUCUGAAGCAGUACCCGCGUUUGGAAAAUGUGAUCGACGACAUUAUCCCCAAAAAGUCCCCCGUGACUCUGGUGAAGUGCCAGCGGCACAUCACGCUGCUCGCAAACGGCAAAGAGAUACUCUUCUUUCAAAGCCGUGAUGGACCCUGGGUGCCGACCCUUCGGCUGCUACACACUUACCCAUCUAUGAUGCCGAAAAUGCAAGUUGAUCGAGGCGCCAUCAGCUUCGUACUCCGCGGUUCAAACAUCAUGUGUCCAGGCCUCACCUCACCGGGCGGUCGCAUGGAGGAUGUCGAGGCUGGCGAUGUGGUGCAAGUCACUGCCGAGGGAAAGUUGAACGCUUGCGCAAUCGGCAUUGCCACCAUGUCUACGAAACAGAUCCUCCAAGACAACAAGGGUAUCUGCAUCGAGAGCUACACAUAUCUGAACGAUGGCCUGUGGCAGGUCCCCGAGCUCGACUGA